UGCUUCCUUGUUUAUUUGUUUUGAGGAAAACACCGAGUUUAUAAAAGAAUAAAAAACUUUUUUUUUCCUUUAAUGAGAAGCUAUAAGAACUUCGAAACACGAUUUUCUGGUCCACGCCUUGCUGAACUGACGACACCGAUACAUUUGAAGCUAAGGGGUGACUAAAGACCCCCAGUUUCCUCCAAAGCAAGUCCAGAGUGUAGUUUCUUGUCUGAAUGGCCACAGCUGCAGAAGAGCCUCCAGGGCUACAGGGCCAGACUGGCAACCUGCAGAGUCAGUUCUGGAGGAAACUGUCUUCUUUCAGAGACUUGAAUGGGUCUCGAAAAAGUGCUUCAGCUGAGGGUCCAAGUGCUAGCACGUCUCAGGCUUUGAAAAAAAUCGGGCAUCGUGGGAUCGAUCCCACUGGGGAGACGACGUACAAGAAGACAACGUCAUCAGCUCUGAAAGGUGCUAUCCAGUUAGGCAUCACGCACACGAUAGGCAGCUUAAGUCAAAAACCUGAAAGAGAUGUGCUGCUCCAGGACUUUGAGGUGGUGGAGAGCAUCUUCUUCCCCUGUGAGGGUAGUAACCUGACACCAGCACACCACUAUGGAGACUUCAGGUUCAAAACAUACGCCCCGAUGGCCUUCCGCUACUUCAGAGAGAUGUUUGGCAUCCGGCCUGAUGACUACAUGUAUUCUCUGUGCAACGAGUCGCUGAUCGAGCUGUCCAACUCCGGGGCGAGUGGGUCUUUGUUCUACGUCUCUAGAGAUGAUGAGUAUAUCAUCAAGACGGUGCAGCACAAAGAGGCCGAAUUUCUGCAGAAACUGCUGCCUGGAUACUUCAUGAACCUGAACCAGAACAAGCGGACCUUAUUACCAAAGUUUUAUGGGCUGUACUGUGUCCAGUCAGCUGGUAAAAACAUCCGCAUUGCAGUCAUGAAUAAUCUGCUACCUAGUGCAGUGCGAAUGCACCUCAAGUAUGAUCUAAAGGGCUCUACCUACAAGCGACGAGCCUCGGCUAAAGAAAGAGAAAAGGCUGUACCCACAUAUAAGGACCUGGAUUUCAUCCAGGACAUGCCUGAAGGGCUCUCGUUGGACGCUGAUAAGUACAAUGCUCUUUGCAAGACCCUCCAGAGAGACUGCUUGCUCCUGCAGAGUUUCAAGAUCAUGGAUUACAGCCUUCUGGUGGGAAUUCAUAACGUAGAUCAGGCCUGUCAGGAGCAGGCCAACGAGGAGGCGGGGGCUGGGGCAAAGGGUCAAGUUCAAAAGGCUCUGUACAGCACGGCUAUAGAGGCCAUUCAAGCAGAGGUGGGACGCAUGGGAUCCAUGGAAACCGAGGACAGAACGGGAGGAAUCCCUGCACGAAACUCGAAAGGCGAGAGGCUGCUGGUGUACAUCGGUAUUAUUGACAUUCUUCAGUCUUAUAGAUUGGCAAAGAAGCUUGAACACUCCUGGAAGGCUCUGGUUCAUGAUGGGGACACUGUAUCAGUGCACAGACCGAGUUUCUAUGCAGAGCGAUUUCAGAAGUUUAUGUGCAACACAGUGUUUAGAAAGAAUGCAUUGAAGACCUCCCCGUCUAAGAAGCGCCGUGCAGGAGCCGGUCCUGUGAAAAGAGCGGCUGGCUCUGGACCUUCUCUGAUGACCCAAGCCAGCAGCAGCAGCACCGCCCAGAGUCCUUUGCUCCAACAUCAAGCCAGUUCAGACACCAGAGAGGACACCGAAGCAGACAAAAUUAUGCUCGCAGGUCGUCCUGACCUCCUCCCAGAUACCAUUCCUCCACGCAUCCCUGUUGCUAGCACUGUUGAAACUGCCAUCUCCUCCUUGGGAAGCCCCAGAUUUUUACCAGCAAGUCGUCUUCAGUCUAACACUCGGGGAGAAUCUUCGAACAAGCAAAACGAGGAAGACAGCACCCCCAAGGGGGCUCAGUCUGGGACUCUUGAAGAAAGUGGUGCUGAGGAAGCAAUCUCACUCAGCGACAUAGUCCCGAGUGCAAGCAACUGCUCAGUGUAGAUGUGAGGAAAAAGAAUGACUUGAAGGAUGUUCUGAGCCUUCCUGAAAUCUUAUAACUCCCUUGGUAUGAUUUGAGGUACCAGAACUUACAAAAAAAAAAAUUAUGCAGUGCAUCUCCGGGACCAAGAGGGAUAUGAAAUGUUUGUUGUCUUUGUUUUUUUUGCACAAUAUGAUGAUGUAACUGGGCGGUUGUGUCGCGACACUAGUAACUGCAGACACGGUAAUGCUGUAGUUAUUGAACACUAUUAUUAAACCCAUAGGAGAAGUGCCUGUAGUCACAACCAAUGAUCAUUUUUGGCUCAGUUAAGCAUUUAGUGUGGAAAUGUUGCCUUAUUGAAGAACUGAGAUUCUUCAUUCAGGCCUGGCUAUAUACGUCAUUGUCCUUUUUGGGAUUAUUAUUAUUUUAUUUUAUUGUUAUUGCUUCUCUCUUCUUCUUUUUUUUUUUUUUUUUUUUUUUUUGACCAAAUGGCUGUAGCACGUCUUCAUACAGAUUUUUCUGUGUGCCUGCCGCCCACCCAAAGGUCCAAGUCUAGAGUAGUGUUUGUGCUACCUGCUUUGACGGAAAGCCUUAUGAUGAGGAUUGAGAACACAGUUUUAAAUAAAGUCUUACUUUUUAAAGAAAUUACUGUAUUCAUGCAUUGUAAGCUUCUGAUUUUUAAAAGCUUACUCUGAAUGCAAAUCAUGCUGGACGAAAGACCUUCAGCUUGUGCUUUUUAUUUACCCAAGUAUUCCCGUGGACCUGGAGUGCUUUUACAGACUGUGAAUCUUAAAUAUCACCUGUGAUAUUCAGGCCAGAAGGUUAUUUUAAAUGUUUUCUUUUUAUACUUGUAUUUGCUCGUGGAUUAUAGACUGGCUUGUAUUCAAAUGAGACCGAUACUGGUACUCGGUAGCAAAACUAAUGAGUUAGUCAGCUUCGGUGUCACGGACCAAACCUGCAAAGAGAAGCUUGUGUUAUAUAUGCAGUAUGCAAGAAAAACAGAAAUAGGAGAAUCACACUAAACCUAACCACUUUAGGUAACCAAAGAGCAUGUUGUGGCAUUAGUACAAACUGGUACAAUCACUAUGUUUUUGUAAUAAGUUAGGACAUUGAAAUUAAUAUUGUACUAGUAAAGUUGCAGUAAGUUUUUUUUAAUAUAUAUACAUAUAUACUGCCAGCACAAAUGAAAAAUUACUGUUGCAUGUAAUUUGGCUUGUUUUGUUUUUCUCCAGAAUAAUAGACUCCUAUUUUUCUAAUUUUCUUUUCUUUUCUUUUUUUUUCAACACUGUGGUUUACGCCUAGCUGAAGCUAAUGUGGCCUUUAACUGUCCUGCAGUAAGUCUGACCUUUCCAAUUUAGAUUAUAAUAGUAGCUCUCAAUAUAGUUCAACUUUUGUGAAAAUCCUGUGUUAAGAGAGGUGUGUGUUUAACUUUGUGAUAUGUUUGGAGGGUGUUUGUGCUGCUUCACAGGACACAGUGCACACCAGCAUAGUGUGCACUGUUGGUAUAGUGCUGUUGUGCUUUUGUGACAAGAACAGCAUCACUGACCAGCAUAACACCUGAAACAAACCCUUGCUGUCAUGGAGUUGCGGAGCUGCAGCAGUUUACGAGUUGCUGAUGUGCAUCGUGUGCAAAGAAAGCAUCUACUUUAGAAAUUCAGACAUAACUGUCACCUGUACUUUGUGUGGGAUUUUUGUGUUUGUUUUUAAUUGAUUGUGUUAGUUUUUAAGUGAUUUUAUUUUUCACAUCUAACAGCACAGAAAACUUUUCUAAAUGAACGUUUCAAAAUGUGUGGUGGAAUAGUUGGACCUACUUAAGUGUUAUUGUUUGUUUUCGGUCUUUGUGGCCGCAGAAAACAAGGGCAGGAUGUGCAAAAAAAAAAAAAGAAAGUGAGUAAUAUAGAGUUGGUAGGAGUUUUGGCUGCUGAAUAUCUGAACUAUAAUCAUUGGUGGUACUGCAUUUUCUUUUCCACUAUUUACAUUUAUUUGCUGCCAGAAGCAAACUAAAUAAAACUGCAACCAUAUAUGACGGCUUCUAUAUACUUUCUAAUUGAUUUAUGAUGUGCUGUCUUUGGUUAUUUUAUCAUUAUGCAUUCCUGUCCAUUCGCUUUUUACUCGUGCAUUCAGCAUUUCCUAAUUGCUACUAAUAUUUUUUGUCUAUAUUUAUUACAAUCUUAAUAUAACUUGUUGGUGCAAUUUUUCACAGGCAUUAGCAUUUCCCUCGAUCUCUUAUUAAAUUCUGAUAUUGA